AUGUCUGGAAAUCAAAAUAGGUCAAAUGAACCUAAUCGUGAGGAACAGGGUCGGGAUCGAUUAAUGUCCUUUGACUCGAACUCCUCGGAUCAGUCGUCCAUUUCUAUACCUAGCUCAACCGCUUCGCUCCAUUCAAUGGACAACCCCACAAAAGGCAAUUUCCGUCCCAACAUCAGGGCAGGAGCAUUAGCCUUAGAAAGAAUACAGGAAGUGUCGGCAGACAUCGAACAGCAAAGAACGGACCGCAGACCGGUAGAGGAAGAAGACGAAGUAGACCAAGAGGACGAUGAUGAUGUUCAGUUCGGUGGGAUCCGUAAAUGGGCCCAAGGCGCCGACGAACCCAAGACCAGAA